GUGUGCGGCAAUCAUGGCUCAAGACGCGCAAGUCAGUCCGAGAGAUGCCCCACUAGCGCCGAUGCCAUGUUGAAGCUAUACCGAGAGAACACGGCCACAUUGGGUGGCGGCAUUGCCGAAUGCAAGGCAAGGACGAGGGUCGUCAUUACACUCUGUGUGACAGGUAUAUGUAGUCUUUUUUAG